AUGAAAAGAAAGUCAAUCACCGAUUUCUUCAAUGCCUCACCCAAGAAAAUCAAGCAAGAAUCAAGAGAACUGUUAACAUCGAGUGCGGAAAAUCCAAUUCUCAUCAAUGAUGAGGAAGAAAUAAUUUUGAAUGAAAAUAAUGAACAGAAAUUUGAAUUGAAGAAGAAGAAUCUUCAUCAUCAUCGGAAUCAGGAGUUUACCUUUAUUCUGAAUGAGAAGGAUACUGGAGUACAGGUCAGAUAUAUGGAAAGAUUUCUCUCCCAACGGGAAUCGAAGGAAUUAUUUGAUUGUCUGAUGGAGAAGUGUGAGUGGACUAGUCCCAAAUAUAACAUGUAUGGAAAGGAUGUUGUUUCAAAGAGAAAGGUUGCAUUCUUUGGUAAACCCAUUACUAGGAAUGAGACUGAUUCUGUUGUUGAUACAAAUGAUGGAAGUGUUUCUCGAGUUUAUAAUGAUAUGGUAAAACUCCAAAGAGAUUGGCCAGAGCCAUUACUCAACUUGAAAAAGAGAUUGGAAGAAUUGAUUGGAGAAAAAUAUGAAGCUGCAUUGAUUAAUCGUUAUGAUGAUGGGGAUGAUCUGAUUGGAUGGCAUGCUGAUAGAGAAGCAAGUGGCUUUUCAAUUGCUUCUGUUUCAUUGGGAGCGAGUAGAGAUUUUCAAUUAAGACCCAUGCCAAAACAAAACACCAACUCAUCGAAUACAACUCAAUCACCAAUUCAAAAGAAGGGUGAAAUUAUUACAAAAUCAUUGGAGAAUGGAUGUUUAUUGAUUAUGAAUGGAGCCACUCAGAAACACUAUCAACAUUGUGUACCAAAGAGAAAGGGAGUGUUAUCGGCCAGACUUAAUAUUACCUUUAGAGAUAUUAAUGUUUAUGGACAGAAUUAA